AUGGAAAAGAACUCAGCAGCAUGUGUGAUGGAAUGGAGCAUAGAGCUUGAGAAGGCCUUGCGGUCCACGAAACCAGGCCGCUCACUUGAAGCCAUAUUGGAGAUAGGGCCGAAAUUUGUACGGUUAAGCAGAGAACCGGAGUGUUCUCCGGUUAUCUACCACAUGUUUGACUUAAUUCCCGGUGAGGAGAAGCUCUUUUCCAAUUCUAUUGUUCUGCGUCUUGCAAAUGCGUUUGAAUCUGGAGACAAGCACACGAGGGUAUGUGUUUUGAAGGCGUUUUUGUAUGAGUAUCGGAAAAGAAACAAAGGGAGUGAGUACAGGGGAGUUUUGUCAAAAACUGAGGAUCAUGUGCAGGUAGAGUUUUUGGGGAGAGUUAAGGUUGUCUUUGAUGGUGGGGAUGUUGAAGAUAGGGCUUUGGCUUUGGGGUUAUUAGGCUGUUGGGCACAUUUUGCUAAAGAAAGUCCGAGCAUACGAUACCUGGUGCUCUCUAGUAUUGUUUCACCUCACAUUCUGGAGGUAAAGUCGUCCUUAUUUGCAGCAGGAUGCUUUGCUGAAUUAUCUGAGGACUUUGCGCGGGUUGUCUUGGAGAUGCUGCUUCAUGUGAUGAAUUCACCGGAAACUUUGCAUGGUAUAAGGUUGGCUGGAGCACGCAUGUUUGCCAAAUUUGGAUUUUCACAUUCCAUUGCAGCUAAUGCUUACAAGACAGGUGUGAAGUUGUUAUUAGAGUGUUCGGACGAGGAUUAUCAGGUUGCCAUGCUGGUUUCCAUUUCCAAACUUGCUUCCAGGUCAACGAUUCUUAUUUCUGAGCAUGUUGAGCUGCUUGUAUUGUUUCUUAACAAAGAAAAAACUUUUCGUCUUCGGGGAACAGCACUAAGAUGCCUGCAUUAUAUUUUCAGUAAAGGAAUAUAUUGUGUUCCCUUAAAUGCAUCUCUGGUGAACACAUUAUUUAGCAUCCUAGACGAACCCCCACCCCAACUCCCGUCACCCAUGCUAUUUCAAGCGCUGCAGACGUUGCGUAAGAUAAUUUUACGUAUCCAUCCUAAUCUACCCUUUGAUGUCUUUGAAUCUUCUAAGCUGUUUAACAUUGCUACGAAUGUAUCGCCAUCUCCAAUUACACCAGAGAGCAUGUUAGCCAUUUCUGUUAUGGUAGAUAUAUCAAGAAAAUUAAAGGGAAGCACACAUAUGGAGUCCGUUUUGCAUUCAGAGUCUCCUCUUCCAUCUCGAGUGAUUUUCCUUAUCAUAGAUCGGAUAACUUUGAUGGUGAAGCCAGUUUUGGUUCUUGGUCAGAUCAAUUCUUUUGUGCUUCAGAAAGUUAAUGUCCUGCUUGAUCUUCUUAUCAUUCUAAAUCGAGAAUAUCCAGAUUUACAUCUCGUAGUAUUGGAUCAUAUAUUUGGUUUAAUCAAGUCCAUCUCGAUUGUGCAUGACAGUGCUAUGGCUAGAACAGACACAGGUGUAGUUGUUCGUGAUAAUGUAGAUUUGAAAGAGAGCUCAGUUAUCAGAUCGAAGCUAGUAUUUAGGAUAUACAGAUUUUUAGUGACCUUUCUGGAAAAUCUCUGUGAAGCUGAAGCGCUCUCUACAAAAUUAUAUGACAAGGUGAAGAUUCUGGUCGAACAUUUAUGCCACAGUAACUUGUUUGAGUGCUAUGCAUACACAAUUUACUCUUUACUGUUGUGUGAUCAGUUCAUUUGGGGUCACAUGGUGCAUGAGAGCGAGGGAAGUUGCAAUAGACUCUCGGGUAUAUCUCUUCGUGAUUACUCUGUUGAGCAUGAAACUCAGGUCAUUGAAUUUGCUAAGAGGUUGCUAACAGAAAAAAAUGGUUGGCCUGCUUACAGAGUCGGGACAUAUGCAGCAUGUCAGGGAGCUUGGCACACUGCGGCUUUUAUAUUUGAGCAGUUGGUGAACAGGGUUCAUUCUGAUCUGUGCUGUCACUGGUUGAAAUCAUUGGUUCAUUAUGCUCAUGGGGAGUGGAAAUGCAAGCUGCUUCGAUUACCAAAACAAGGGUUAGAGACACGCAAAUUCUGCUUUACAGUUUCCACUGAUGAUUUAGGUGAAAUUGGUCAAGAUGCAGCUUGUAAUAUAAAGGGGCAUAGUUAUACUAAAGAGCUAGCAGCUGCUUACAACAGUCUGCGCUCUUCUUUGGAAACAUUGAGAGUCAAUGUCACAACAGGCCAUAUUUUUUAUUUCCAAAGAUGGUUUUUGUCCUUAAGAGCGAAGUUACUCAGAGCCGUGAUGGAUUUAGUGGAUUUAGUUAAUAUUAUGAGAAACACAACAAAAAAUAGGCAGGGUCAGAAAAGUUCUAUGGUUGGAUACUUAAUGUCAUUGCAGAAGCUUACUCAGAUAUCUCUGCAGUUGAAGAGGGCGGCACAGGAAUUUGAUCUAGUUACAACAUCUUUCAUUGACAUCGACAAGAAAAGUUCAAAUAUUAUUUCAGCACUUGCAAUAAGUUGUUCUUUGUUGGCCUUUUGUUCUGGUUUUGCUCUCUACAUUCCAAGGCUGGCUAAUUCCCUUGCUGUUUGUGGUCCCGGAGUUGCAAACAAUAUAGACUCUAUACUGAUACAAAUUCUAGUUGGGCGGUUGUGGCACAGUAAGCAGGAAACCAUUAAAGAUCUUUGUCUGCUUUGGGAGGCGGGUGGAGAGCCUUUUGAUUGUUUUCACUUUCCAUCAAGAAUCCAAGGAUGUGAAAAUUAUUUUGAAGCAAGAAACAUUCUCGGGGUCAUUAGUUAUGCGGUUUCAGGCUUUUCUGGUUUGAAAAGCAAGUCUGACAGAGUGCAGAAUGAGGAAGGUCUCUCCGAAGUAACAAAGGAUGGCCUGCAACUUCUACUUGAAAUUCUUACGAAAUGGAUGCAGAUCCCUUUCCGGACUCCCAAGUACUUCUUCAACUUGAGGCCUUGCCUUGGAUCUGAAUUGUUUGCUGUCAACGAAACUAGAAGCCCAGAUAGAAUAUGCGUAUCAUUAGGCUUCCACUUGUCAUUAGAUCUCUGCCUUCAAUUAAGAAAUGCACCAUCAGAUAUUCCAGUGCGGUUUAAAAAAUUCUACUGCAUGCUCUGUUGUAAACUAUCCUUUCUAGACCCAGAGCUGGGUACUUUUCAACCUUGGGAAACCGAUGACAUGGUAGAAAAUAAUGAAAAGCUGUUGAAGUAUGCAACAGACUGCAGCACAAAAAAGGGUAAUAAGCGCGGAAGGAGUAGUGAUGAAGGAGAAUUUGUGAAUUCAUUCGUGUGUUUUGAUCUGAAUGACAGAGGACAAGGGUUCUCGAGUUGCUUGCUUGAUGUUUCUGGUUUUCCGGUGGGUAGUUAUAGAAUCAAAUGGUAUAGCUGUUGUUUUGAUAAUCAGGGACAGUGUUGGACCCUUCCCUCUUUAAAUCCUGGACCUGUAUUUACUGUACAUAGUUUGUAGGCUGAAUACUCAUUCCAUCAUUCUAAACAUGUAAAUAUCUUUUCCAGUCUGCAUGAAGUCAUGAAGAAAACUUUUAUCUUGUUUGUUUUCAUUUAUAUAUAGUAUGGGUUCAUCUUGUGAAUUCAAAUAGC